AUGCUGGUGGAUCCAGAUGCCCCAAGCCCAAGUCACCCAACACUAAGGGAGUACUUGCACUGGAUGGUGGCAGACAUCCCUGGAACAACUGGCGUCAGCUUUGGCCAAGAGCUUGUAGUGUAUGAAAGACCAGAGCCAAGGUCCGGCAUCCACCGGAUGGUGUUUGUGCUGUUCCAGCAAUUAGCUAGGGGGACAGUUUUUGCGCCCGACAUGCGGCACAACUUCAGCUUCAGGAGCCUCGCGCGCCAGUACCACCUCAGCAUUGUGGCUGCGACAUAUUUCAACUGUCAAAUGGAAGGUGGAUGGGGCGGAAGAAGGUUUAGGCCAGAAAGUUCUCAAUGGGAGUAG